AUGGCGCAGCUCGCGGUGUGGUCGCUGCUGCUGUCCUUGCUCCUGGUCUCGCCAGUUGUAGCGGCUUCAGUUGUUCCCGCCAUUCAACACCGCCGUGGCCGUCACCGGCUGCAACGGCAAGCUGCCGAGGAGGCGUUGGAUGAGCAAAUGCAGUCGGCGAGCCCGUCCCCAUUGCUGAAGCUGCGCAUGGACCACCGCACCGCCGAGGGGGGCAGGACACGGAAAGAGUCAUUAUUAGAUUUGGCCGAGAAGGAUGCCGUCUGCAUCGAGACGAUGCACCGGAGAGCGGCGCGCUUCAGCGGGGGCCGGAUGCCGGCGUAUUCGUCUCCGCGGCGGGCGCUGUCGGAGCGGAUGGUGGCGACGGUGGAGUCCGGCGUGGCGGUCGGCUCUGGCGAGUACCUGAUGGACAUCUACGUCGGCACGCCACCGCGGCGUUUCCGGAUGAUCAUGGACACCGGCAGCGACCUCAACUGGCUGCAGUGCGCGCCGUGCCUGGACUGCUUCGAGCAGCGUGGCCCGGUGUUCGACCCCGCCACGUCCUCCUCCUACCGCAACGUCACCUGCCCUGGCAGCCACAGCUCCAAGCACACGGCGCCACCAGCCCUGGCGGCCAUAGGCGGCACCUCCGCCUCGCCUCAUCCUCCUCCACGGUGUUGA